CGCUGGCGCGACGGGGGCGGGGCCUGGGUGCGGGUGCCGCGUGGCGGGCGCAGCGCCGAGGGGUGGGGACGACCUGCGCACGAGCCGGUGCCAUCUGUGGGGGCUUUGGGCCAGGGGUCUCCCGACAGCAUGAGCGUGGGCUUCAUCGGCGCUGGCCAGCUGGCUUUUGCCCUGGCCAAGGGCUUCACAGCAGCAGGCGUCUUGGCUGCCCACAAGAUAACAGCUAGCUCCCCAGACAUGGACCUGGCCACGGUUUCUGCUCUCAGGAAGAUGGGGGUGAAGUUGACACCCCACAACAAGGAGACGGUGCAGCACAGUGAUGUGCUCUUCCUGGCUGUGAAGCCACACAUCAUCCCCUUCAUCCUGGAUGAAAUAGGCGCCGACAUUGAGGACAGGCACAUUGUGGUGUCCUGCGCGGCUGGCGUUACCAUCAGCUCCAUUGAGAAGAAGCUGUCAGCGUUUCGGCCAGCCCCCAGGGUCAUCCGCUGCAUGACCAACACUCCAGUGGUGGUGCGGGAGGGGGCUACCGUGUACGCCACAGGCACGCACGCCCAGGUGGAGGACGGGAGGCUCCUGGAGCAGCUGCUGAGCAGCGUGGGCUUCUGCACGGAGGUGGAAGAGGACCUGAUCGAUGCCGUCACGGGGCUCAGUGGCAGCGGCCCCGCCUACGCAUUCACAGCCCUGGAUGCCCUGGCUGAUGGGGGCGUGAAGAUGGGACUUCCAAGGCGCCUGGCAGUCCGCCUCGGGGCCCAGGCCCUCCUGGGGGCUGCCAAGAUGCUGCUGCACUCAGAACAGCACCCAGGCCAGCUUAAGGACAACGUCAGCUCUCCUGGUGGGGCCACCAUCCAUGCCUUGCAUGUGCUGGAGAGUGGGGGCUUCCGCUCCCUGCUCAUCAACGCUGUGGAAGCCUCCUGCAUCCGCACACGGGAGCUGCAGUCCAUGGCUGACCAGGAGCAGGUGUCACCAGCCGCCAUCAAGAAGACCAUCCUGGACAAGGUGAAGCUGGACUCCCAUGCAGGGACCUCUCUGUCGCCUUCUGGCCACACCAAGCUGCUCCCCCGCAAACUGGCCCCAGCGGGCAAGGACUGACACGUCCUGCCUGACCACCAUCCUGCCACCACCUUCUCUUCUCUCGUCACUAGGGGGACUAGGGGGUCCCCAAAGUGCCCCACUGUCUGUGGCUCUGAUCAGCGCAGGGGCCAGCCAGGGACAUAGCCAGGGAGGGGCCACAUCACUUCCCACUGGAAAUCUCUGUGGUCUGCAAGUGCUUCCCAGCCCAGAACAGGGGUGGAUUCCCCAACCUCAACCUCCUUUCUUCUCUGCUCCCAAACCAUGUCAGGACCACCUUCCCCUAGAGCUCAGGAGCCCGGAGGGUCUUCACUCACUCCUACUCCAGUAUCAGCUGGCAUGGGCUCCUUCCUGAGUGCAAAGUUCAAGGACCCCCUCUGUGAAGGCUCAGCGGAGGUGGGAUCCCACGCCCCCUCCUGGCCCCUCCCUGCCCUCCAGUCAGGGAGAAACCUCUCCUUCCCGUGUGAGAAGGGCCAGAGGGUCUAGGCAUCCCGAGUCCAGCGUGAAGGGCCACAGCCCCUCUUGGCUGCCAGGCACCCAGAUCCCAUGGACAUUUGGGGAAAGGGCUCCUUGGGCUGUUGGUGAACUGUGCCCACCGCCUCCUGCUCCUGACCUCCCUGGCAGGGUGCUGUCACUUCUGCCCUGGCCCUUUCAGUUUUCUAAGUUGGUUUCUAGCCCCCAGUGUCCUGACUUCUGUCUGCCACAUGAGGAGGGAGGCCCUGCCUGUGGGGGAGGGUGGUUACUGUGGGUGGAAUAGUGGGGGCCUUCAACUGAUUACACAAAGCCCGCCCACAUCUUGGAGGGCAUCUGCCUUACUGAUUAAAAUGUCAGUGUAAUCUAA